CCAGGACGAGCGACAGCUGCAGUCCUUUUCGUUUUUUCCUGCUGUAUCAGGAUCCUGGACUCAGCCCCUCUGCGCCUCCCUCGCUCCUCUUCUCUCCUCUCCACUCUGCUGUGUGUGUGUGUGUGUGUGUCUAAAUUUAAACCAUGCGCCCAGUGCACUGGCUACUGCUCCAGCUCUUACUGUUCUGGUGUUGUUUUACCCUCUGAGAAACCAGCUCAGCAGAAAGGUUCUCCACUAGACCUUGCUUCUGAGAGGGACAGCAGGAGUAGGAGUAAGGGAGAGAGGAGCUUCUCAUCCUCGGAGGCACAGGGAAGGAAAGAAGAGCAACACGGGAAAGGGUGUUGUGGGGGAAACAAGGGUUUGAAUUUUGGAUAUAUACAUAUAUAUGGGAUAGCCAGCAUGGAGCCCAACGCCACGGUCGCUGCCCAAGACAUGGACACCCUUCAGAGGAAGAAACUGAAAGAAAAACUGAAAAAACAAGCAUGCGCUGGGAACCCCAGGCCAGCCAGGGCCCUGUGCUGCCUCAACCUGCGCAACCCCUUCAGGAAAGCAUGCAUCAGCAUCGUGGAGUGGAAACCCUUUGAGAUUAUUAUCUUACUGACCAUCUUUGCCAACUGUGUGGCCCUCGCCGUCUUCCUGCCAAUGCCAGAGGAUGACACGAACAACGGCAACGCCAGCCUGGAAAAAGUGGAAUACAUCUUUCUGAUUGUCUUCACCAUUGAAGCGUUUCUGAAGAUCGUAGCCUACGGGUUUCUGUUCCACCCGGACGCCUACCUGCGGAACUGCUGGAACAUCCUGGACUUUAUCAUCGUGUUUGUCGGGCUGUUCACGGUGGCUCUGGAGACGAUCAACCUCAUCGACGGCGUCGAGACCCCUGUGGGGGGGAAGGGGGCCGGCUUCGACGUCAAGGCCCUGCGAGCGUUCAGAGUCCUGCGGCCGCUGCGCCUCGUCUCGGGGGUGCCCAGCCUGCAGGUGGUGCUCAACGCCAUCAUCAAAGCCAUGGUCCCUCUGCUGCACAUUGCCCUGCUGGUCCUCUUCAUGAUUAUCAUCUACGCCAUCAUCGGCUUGGAGCUCUUCAAGUGCAAGAUGCACAGGACCUGCUUCUACAGCGGCACAGACAUCGUGGCGUCAGGGAAUGAGAAGCCGGCCCCCUGCGCGUUGGGGGGUCAGGGGCGCGACUGCCCCCUCAACGGGACGGAGUGUAAGAGCGGCUGGCCGGGACCCAACAACGGCAUCACCCACUUCGACAACUUCGGCUUUGCCAUGCUGACUGUAUACCAGUGCAUCACCAUGGAGGGCUGGACCGACGUGCUCUACUGGGUCAACGAUGCGAUUGGUAACGAGUGGCCCUGGAUCUACUUCGUCAGCCUCAUCCUACUAGGGUCCUUCUUCGUGCUGAACCUGGUGCUGGGUGUGCUCAGCGGCGAGUUCACCAAGGAGCGUGAGAAGGCCAAGUCUCGGGGCGAGUUCCAGAAGCUGAGGGAGAGGCAGCAGCUGGAGGAAGACCUGCGGGGGUACCUGGACUGGAUCACCCACGCAGAGGUGAUGGACCUCGACCAGGAGCACAGAGAAGGAUUGCUGCCCUUGGAAGAUCAAGGUUCAGAGACGGAGAGCCUGUAUGAGGUUGAGGGAAUUAACCGCUUCAUGCUGUUCUUCCGCCACGGGCGUCGCUGGAACCGCUGGUUUCGCAGGAAGUGCCGCCUGUGGGUGAAGUCCAGUUUAUUCUACUGGCUGGUGAUCCUGGUGGUGUUCCUCAACACAAUGGCCAUCGCAACUGAGCACCACAACCAGUCGGACGGGCUCACCAACGUGCAAGACACGGCGAACAAGGUGCUGCUGUCCCUCUUCACGGCAGAGAUGCUCCUCAAGAUGUAUGCUCUGGGUUUCCAGUCCUAUUUCAUAUCUCUGUUCAACCGGUUCGACUGUUUCGUGGUGUGCACUGGCAUCAUCGAGCUGAUCCUCGUGGAGAUCAACAUCAUGGCUCCCUUGGGGAUCUCCGUCCUAAGGUGCAUCCGGCUGCUGCGCAUCUUCAAGAUCACCAAGUACUGGACCUCCCUGAGUAACCUGGUGGCCUCUCUGCUGAACUCGGUGCGCUCCAUCGCCUCUCUGCUGCUCCUGCUCUUCCUCUUCAUCAUCAUCUUCUCGCUCCUCGGCAUGCAGGUCUUCGGGGGGAAGUACAACUUUGAGGACAUGGAGGUGCGACGCAGCACCUUCGACAACUUCCCCCAGGCCCUUAUCAGCGUCUUCCAGAUCCUGACAGGGGAGGACUGGAACUCGGUAAUGUACAACGGCAUCAUGGCCUACGGAGGUCCCACCUUCCCUGGCAUGCUGGUGUGCAUCUACUUCAUCAUCCUCUUCGUCUGCGGAAACUAUAUCCUGCUCAACGUGUUCUUGGCCAUCGCGGUGGAUAACCUGGCAGAGGCUGAGAGUCUAACCUCUGCGCAGAGGGAGAAGACAGAGGAGAGGAAACGAAGGAAGAUGGACAUGGCUAACAAGCCGGAUAAAUCCGAGGAGGAGAAGCUGCUGCUGGCGAAGAAACUGGAGAAGGCGAAGGGCGAAGGGGUCCCCACCACCGCCAAGCUCAGAGUAGAUGAGUUUGAGUCGAACGUAAACGAAAUUAAGGAUCCCUACCCUUCUGCUGAUUUCCCAGGUGACGAUGAGGAGGAGGAGCCUGACAUCCCUCUGAGCCCCAGGCCACGCCCCAUGGCGGAACUCCAGCUGAAGGAGAAGGCGGUGCCAAUGCCUGAGGCCAGCGCCUUCUUUAUCUUCGGACCGCAGAACAAGAUUCGCAAACUGUGUCACCGGAUUGUGAACGCCACCACCUUCACCAACUUCAUCCUGCUCUUCAUCCUGCUCAGCAGUAUCUCUCUGGCAGCUGAGGAUCCCAUCGACCCCGAGUCCUUCAGGAACCAGAUCCUUGCCUACUUUGAUAUCGUCUUCACCGUGAUCUUCACAACUGAAAUUGUUCUGAAGAUGACGACUUACGGGGCUUUCCUCCACAAAGGCUCGUUCUGCCGGAACUCCUUCAACAUCCUGGACUUGCUGGUGGUCAGCGUAUCCCUCAUCUCCUUCGGAAUCCAAUCGAGUGCUAUUUCUGUCGUCAAAAUCCUGAGAGUGUUGAGAGUCCUGAGACCCCUGAGAGCCAUCAACAGAGCCAAGGGUCUGAAGCACGUGGUGCAGUGUGUGUUUGUCGCCAUCAAGACGAUCGGGAACAUCGUGCUCGUCACCACACUCCUGCAGUUCGUGUUCGCCUGCAUCGGGGUGCAGCUCUUCAAGGGCAAGUUCUACAUGUGCACGGAUCUCUCCAAGAUGACUGAAGAGGAGUGCAGGGGGAACUACAUUCAGUUCAAGGAGAACGAUCUACACAACAUGGAGGUCCGGGAGCGACUGUGGAUCAACAGCGAAUUCAACUUUGACAACGUGCUGUCGGGCAUGAUGGCUCUCUUCACUGUGUCCACCUUCGAGGGCUGGCCUCAGCUGCUGUACAAGGCCAUCGACUCGCACACCGAGAACAUGGGCCCCAUCUACAACAACCGUGUGGACAUCUCCAUCUUCUUCAUCGUCUACAUCAUCCUCAUCGCCUUCUUCAUGAUGAACAUCUUCGUGGGCUUCGUCAUCGUCACCUUCCAGGAGCAGGGAGAGCAGGAGUACAAGAACUGUGAGCUGGACAAGAACCAGCGGCAGUGCGUGCAGUACGCUCUCAAGGCCCGCCCCCUGAAGCGAUACAUCCCCAAGAAUCCCUACCAAUACCAGGUGUGGUAUGUGGUGACAUCAUCCUACUUCGAGUACCUCAUGUUCGUGCUCAUCCUGCUCAACACCAUCUGCCUGGGCAUGCAGCAUUGCGACCAGUCGGAUGAGAUCAAUUACAUCUCGGACAUAUUCAACCUGAUCUUCACCGUCCUCUUCACCCUGGAGGCAGUGCUCAAGCUCAUGGCCUUCAAAGCAAAGGGCUACUUCGGAGACCCCUGGAACGUGUUUGACUUCCUGAUUGUCAUCGGCAGCGUCAUUGAUGUCAUCGUCAGCGAGAUCGAUACUGCGCUUGCUUCCAGUGGUGGACUGUACUGCCUAAGUGGUGGCUGUGCUCAAGCGGAGGAUAGCGGUCGCAUCUCCAUCACCUUCUUCCGGCUCUUCCGAGUGAUGCGUCUGGUGAAGCUGCUGAGUCGAGGGGAGGGGGUGAGGACCCUGCUCUGGACCUUCAUCAAGUCCUUCCAGGCUCUGCCCUACGUCGCCCUCCUCAUCGUGAUGCUGUUCUUCAUCUACGCUGUCAUCGGGAUGCAGAUGUUUGGUAAAAUCGCGCUGGUGGACGGAACGCAGAUCAAUCGGAACAAUAACUUUCAGACGUUCCCUCAAGCGGUGUUGUUACUGUUCAGGUGUGCGACGGGCGAAGCCUGGCAGGAGAUCAUGCUGGCCUGCAUGUACGGGAAGCUGUGUGACCCCAACUCGGACUUCCUGCCUGGAGAGGAGUACACCUGUGGAGCGGGCUUCGCUGUCUUCUACUUCAUCAGCUUCUACAUGCUGUGCGCCUUCCUCAUCAUUAACCUGUUUGUGGCCGUCAUCAUGGAUAACUUCGACUACCUGACGCGUGAUUGGUCCAUCCUGGGGCCUCACCACCUGGAUGAGUUCAAGAGGAUCUGGGCAGAGUACGACCCUGACGCCAAGGGGCGUAUCAAGCACCUGGACGUGGUGACGCUGCUGCGGAGGAUCCAGCCCCCGCUUGGCUUCGGAAAGUUCUGCCCCCACCGCGUGGCCUGCAAGCGCUUGGUCUCCAUGAACAUGCCCCUGAACAGCGAUGGCACCGUCACCUUCAACGCCACCCUGUUCGCCCUGGUGAGGACGGCUCUCAAAAUCAAGACAGACGGUAACUUUGAGCAGAGCAACGAGGAGCUGAGAGCGAUCAUUAAGAAGAUCUGGAAGCGUACCAGCAUGAAGCUGCUGGACCAGGUCAUCCCACCAAUAGGAGAUGACGAGGUGACAGUGGGGAAGUUCUACGCCACCUUCCUGAUCCAGGAUCACUUCCGCAAGUUCAUGAAGAGGCAGGAGGAGUACUACGGCUACCGGCCCAACAAGAAGAACGCAGUGGAGAUCCAGGCUGGGCUCCGCAGUAUCGAGGAGGAGGCUGGCCCUGAGCUGCACCGUGCCAUCUCGGGAGACCUGACUGCAGAGGAGGAGCUGGAGAGAGCCAUGGAGGAGGCAGCCAUUGAGGAUGGCAUCUACCGGAGACAGGGCGGGCUGUUCGGUAACCACGUGGAACACUUCCCGAUGGAGAGGAGCAGCCCGAUGCCCGCCCACGUGACCAGCCAGCGCCCCCUGCAGUUUGCGGAGACGCGUUUCGAUGACGUCGAGUCGCCGCCGGACUCCGUCUUCAUGCCCAACGAGGUGGUAUUCUUCCCCCCUGUCGCCCCGGGCAACGCCAACAACAACGCCACUGGAAACAGCAACAAUAACGCUGCGGAGAGGCUGAGCUACGAGAACGAGAGGAACACGGAGCUUCCCUCCGUCACCCGAAGAGACGAGCCUCACAAACUAAAGAGAGCCACCAGACCAGUACGCAGUCUCUCGUUUCACCUGAGUUACCUGAAGCAGAGUCUGAGCCUGCACAAGGAGGACAGCCCUCUCUUCUCAGCCCUGUCAGUGCAGGAACUCCACAGCCAGUUCUCCCACCGUCCUGAAGGGGGCAGCAGGUCCUCUGGUUCCCUCAGCCAUGACUCGCAGCCUGGACAGGAGGACAGUCCAGUGCCUGCCGCAGACAGACUCAUACAAGAGGUCCUGAUUGGUGGCGGCCUGGAGGUCCUGGCGCGUGACCCGCAGUUCGUUGCCGUGACGAAGCAGGAGCUGGCGGAUGCGAUUCACAUCGACCUGGCUGAAAUGGAGGGGGCCGCCAUGGUGCUUCUGAACGGACGCAGGGGGCGGGUGGUAAAAACUCGAUCCUGCCCCCAGACCCACCCCAGCUCCUCUACCACUCUCCCCUACCCACCCCCUGCCGACAGCCACUUGUAAAUUACAUCACAGCUCUACAUGUGACUUCACCGUGACAUCACACGUUACUCUGCCUUGGUGAUGACAUCGCAGGCUUGUGUGAUGUCAUUGUAAGACUCUUUCCCUCCAGCAACACACCUCUUCCAAGGCAGGAGGUGUGGUUACCAUGGAAAGAGCGCAACCUGAUUGGCUGAUUGGCGGUUGGCCAUGGUCAGGUGACCUCAGAUGCAGUUGUUGAAAUGAAACUCAGGAAACCACUUUGCAGUUUAACUCAGUUUAAUCGAAUGAAAUAAACGGUGAAGUUAAAAA